AUGAAUUCCGACGGCGGCGGAGAAGAGCUUAACAAAACUGGCUUACACCAAGGAAGACGAAGACCCAGAAUGGGGAUGCAGAGUAUUAGUGGAGGUGAGAUCUUACAAGUUCCUGGCGGCGGCUGCGGCGGCGUCAUUGUCCGAGCCACUGGUCGGAAGGACCGCCAUAGUAAAGUCUUCACCGCUAAAGGGCUUCGCGACCGCCGUGUUCGUUUAUCCGCUCAUACUGCUAUUCAAUUCUACGACGUUCAAGACCGGUUGGGUUAUGAUCGACCCAGUAAGGCCGUGGAUUGGCUAAUCAAAAAGGCGAAAUCAGCCAUUGAUAGUCUCUCCCACCUUCCUCCUUGUCCCUCUGAACCAGACCCAAAUGGAACCGGUGGUGUUACAGAGCACUCUGAGUCUUCUAGGUAUAAUGAUUUCUUGUUUCAGAGCCAAUUGGGUGAAAAUUUGAUUCCGCCGCCGUUGGAUUCCGCCGCCGGUUUCCAGAGCUACCAGAAUCUUGGGCUGUCUCUGCAGACACAAAAUUCGCCCCACCAUGAUCAGAAUCAGACGGGUCUUUACGCCGCCGGUUCCGGGAAUUCUGGUCUUGGAUUUGAGGAUGGAUUUGAGAAAAUUGUGGCCUGGAAUAGUAAUGUCUUCGGUUCGCAUCCGAGUUUCAGCCAGUGCUCCGCCGCGUUCCCGCUGAGGGGGCCCCUUCAGUCCAGCCUUGAAUCUCCGGUGCCGCAUUACGCUUGGAAUGAACUCGCCGUCGAGCCCACCGGCAAACGCCACCCGAUUCCGGUUCAUGAUAACUCUUCACCAUCAAGUCCCCGGUUUAUAUCCGGCGGGUUGCCGCAUCUUGACGUCCAUGGACGGUUUCAAAGCGACGGCGGGAAAGUUCCGUCUCAUUCCUCUUUGUAUUCCCGCCGAUGA